AUGCGUCUGCAGGCCACUCAAGCGCGCGCAGCCUACAGAGGCAGAGACCACCCGCGCACCUGGCCCCUCCCUCCUCCCGCGCCCGUAGGGCUGACCCGCUCGCACAGUAUCCACUACAACCUCACCAGCACUGUCGGCCUCGCCGAGUGGAACGCCAGCCUCCCGAGCGGCGGCGCCAUCGUGCACUUAGGCCCCGACCACCGCCCAUUUACCGUCUCGAUCCUCCACCAGCUGCGCUGCCUCGACAUCAUCCGCGCGUCCCUGGUCGACCUGUACGCAGACGAUGCGCCGGAUGCGACGUUUGGGAACGCGGCGCUGGCGAAGCAUUGUAUGCAUUAUCUGAGGCAGAUGGUGCUGUGCCGGGCGGAUACGCGCCUGGAGUCAGUGAGGGCACCGAAGGGGAAGGGGCUGACGGUGUGGGAGGUUACGCAUGAGUGUCUGGACUGGACGGCGGUGUUUGAUGCUGCUGAGGAGAACUGGAGGUUGUAUAUGAGCACAACCUCGUAG